GCUGCUCCUGCGUCCGCAGCUGGGCUGCCCGGGGGCCGCCCCCGUCAGCCGCCCGCCGCCGGCGUCUCGUGCAUGGCCGCAGCAUGGCCACGCUGCUCUGCCGGGUGCAGUUCCUGGACGACACCGACCCCUUCACCAGCACCAGCUUCCCCGAGCCCACUCGCCCGCCGCUGUACGCCUUCCGCGAGGACCUGCCGCUCAGCACCCAGCUGCCCGCCGUGCACCGCCUGCUGCGAGCCCCGCACAAGCUUGAUGACUGCACUCUUCAGUUGUCCCAUAAUGGUACCUAUCUGGAUUUAGAAUCCACUUUAACAGAACAAAGGGAUGAAUUGGAAGGCUUCCAAGAAGAUGCUGGGAGGGGUAAGAAGCACAGUAUAAUUCUGAGAACCCAGCUCUCCGUGAGAGUCCAUGCCUGCAUUGAAAAACUCUAUAACUCCAAUGGACGGGAGCUGAGACGUGCACUUUUCUCUUUGAAACAAAUAUUUCAGGAUGACAAGGAUUUGGUUCAUGAGUUUGUUGUGGCUGAGGGCUUGACUUGCUUGAUAAAAGUGGGAGCUGAGGCUGACCAGAACUACCAAAACUACAUCCUGAGAGCUUUGGGUCAGAUUAUGCUGUAUGUAGAUGGGAUGAAUGGAGUGAUAAAUCAUAAUGAAACCAUCCAAUGGCUCUACACUCUCAUUGGCUCAAAGUUCCGCUUGGUGGUAAAGACAGCUCUGAAGCUACUGCUAGUGUUUGUGGAAUACACAGAAUCCAACGCGCCACUUUUAAUCCAGGCAGUGUCCACAGUGGAUGACAAGAGAGGUGCCAAGCCAUGGUCCAACAUCAUGGAAAUCCUGGAGGAAAAGGAUGGAGUUGAUACUGAGCUGCUGGUCUAUGCAAUGACCUUAGUUAACAAGACACUCUCAGGGUUGCCAGAUCAAGACUCUUUCUAUGACGUGGUGGACUGUCUGGAAGAGUUAGGCAUUGAAACUAUUUCACAGAGACACUUGAACAAGAAAGGAACAGACUUGGACUUAGUUGAACAAUUUAACAUUUAUGAGAUGACGCUGAGGCAUGAGGAUGGAGAUGAGAAUGCUGAACCCCCACCCAGUGGCCGCAGGGACAGAAGAAGAGCUAGUCUUGGCUCUAGUGAACGAAGGGGGUUAGAACGGAGAAGAAGCCGGAGACAUUCAGUCCAAAAUGUCAAGAGCACUUUAUCUGCUCCUGCAAGUCCCUGCAGCCAGAUGAGUCCAAACUUCAUGUUAGGCCACGGUCAGCACAUUGAAGAUCUUAGUGAGAAAUACAGUAGCUAUGGCAGCAACUUUUAUUCUUCUGCCCGACCUCACUCUGGACUAAGUGCACCUACAACGUCUACUUCUUGUUCUGGGGCAGGCCUCUCACCACCACAGGAGACAAAAACUGAAAGACCAGCAUUGGGUGGUCUCCUUACAUCAUCUUAUCGGCAGCACCAAGAGUCCUUGGCAGCAGAGAGAGAGAGACGACGUCAAGAGAGAGAAGAGAGGUUACAAAGGAUAGAGCGUGAAGAGAGAAACAAAUUCAACCGAGAUUAUUUAGACAAAAGAGAAGAGCUAAGACAAGCAAGAGAAGAGAGAUACAAAUACUUGGAGAAGUUGGCAGCCGAGGAGUAUGAGAAGGAGCUGAAAAGCCGGAGUAUAAACCGAGGCAGAAGUGAGCUGUCCCUGAACCUGGGCUCUCCCUCAGCCCCAUCCUCUCCCAUUCCCAAGUGCACCAGCCCAGCAUCUCUAGAGUCCCAAGAGGAGCUGAACACCCCUUCUACGCCCCGCGGGACACCUCAGCCCUCUGAAGCAAGUGCCAGUGAACUUGAACCAGAACCUGAGCCAGAGACAGAACCAGAACCAGAACAGGAGGCUGAGGCAGAGGCCGAGCAGGGAGCGGAAACAUCACAGGAAAUAGAGGCUUCAGCAGUGGGACCAGAGAGUGAGGUGGAACAAGGACCAGAGAAAGAGCCAGAAGAAAGUGCAAUACUCAGUGAAAAAGAGAGGCAGAAUGAGGAAGUGAAUGAAAAAGACAACUGCUCUGCAUCCAGCAUAUCCUCAGCAAGCAGCACUUUAGAGAGGGAGGAGAGAGAGGACAAGUUAACCAGUGACAAUGAAACUGGUCCCUGGUCACAGACCAUUCAAGAUGCUGGUGUGAAUGAGCAGUGCAGCAACAUUCUCAACAACAAACGGUUUAUGCUGGACAUGUUGUAUGCCCAUAAUAAAAAACCCAAAGAUGCAGAGGAAAAAGAGCUGGAGGAGAAGGAGGAAAAGACGGAGACGGAGACGGAGGAAAGCGAGGAGUCAAUCACCAGCCUAGCCAGUAGGAUUUCAAUCCUGCAGGCCACCAAGCAGGCCAAAGAGGAAAGUGUUAAAAAGAUGGAGAUUGAAAGCCUGGACAACCAAGGCAGCGUGAAAGCCUUUGCAGAAAAAUUCAACAACGGUGAGCUGGCCAAGGGGACAGACUUGCCUGAGGAUGAGCUGAGUGAAAAAGUUUCAGAUAAAACACCAGCACAGCCAAAGAAGGAAUCUGACUACAUCUGGGAUCAGUUGAUGGCUAAUCCAAAAGAACUAAAAAUAAAAGACAUGGAUUUUACAGACUUGGGGGAAGAGGAUGAUGUAGAUGUGUUGGACAUGGAUAUGGGUCCUGGGGACUCCCUAAUUCCCCCUCCCCCUCCUCCACCAGCCUUUUUGGGUUUGCCUCCUCCACCGCCUCCCCCCCUGUUUGGCUGUCCACCUCCACCUCCACCCUCUGGUAAUUUAUUGGCUCCUCCUCCACUCUUCAGCACUCCUCAGAGUUUAGGGUCACCCCGGGUCUCCAGGGGUCAGCCAACUUUCAUAAAGAAGAAGAAAACCAUCCGUUUGUUUUGGAACGAGGUACGGCCAUUUGAGUGGCAGUGUAAGAACAACAAGCACUGCAGAGAAUUCCUGUGGUCAAAACUGGAACCCAUUAAGGUGGACACUUCCAAACUGGAGCACCUCUUUGAGUCUAAAUCCAAGGAAUUGCCUGUCACAAAGAAAACUGCUGCAGAUGGAAAGCGACAAGAAAUUAUUGUGUUGGACUCAAAGCGAAGCAAUGCUAUCAAUAUUGGCUUGACAGUAUUACCCCCUCCACGGACGAUUAAGACUGCUAUUUUGAACUUUGAUGAAUAUGCCUUAAAUAAGGAAGGAAUAGAGAAAAUUCUAACCAUGAUUCCUACAGAGGAGGAGAAGCAGAAAAUCCAGGAGGCACAGAUGGCAAACCCAGACAUUCCUCUGGGCAGCGCAGAACAGUUUCUUCUCACACUUUCUUCUAUCAGCGAACUCUCCGCCAGACUCCAGCUCUGGGCUUUCAAAAUGGACUAUGAGCUAGUGGAAAAGGAAGUUGCAGAACCACUUUUAGAUCUGAAGGAAGGAAUGGACCAGCUGGAACAUAAUAAAACUUUGGGACUUAUCCUUUCUACUUUACUAGCCAUUGGGAACUUUCUAAAUGGAACCAAUGCCAAAGCUUUUGAAUUGAGCUACCUCGAGAAGGUUCCAGAAGUCAAGGACACAGUGCACAAGCAGUCUCUUCUGCAUCAUGUCUGCACUAUGGUGGUGGAAAAAUUCCCAGACAGCACAGAUCUUUAUUCUGAGAUUGGAGCCAUCACUAGGUCAGCCAAGGUUGAUUUUGAACAACUUCAGGACAACUUAUGCCAGAUGGAAAGAAGGUGCAAAGCAUCAUGGGAUCAUCUCAAGGCCAUAGCAAAGCAUGAAAUGAAGCCAAUGCUGAAGCAAAAAAUGUCUGAGUUUCUUAAAGACUGUGCGGAAAGAAUCAUAAUUCUCAAGAUUGUUCAUAGAAGAAUAAUUAACAGGUUCCACUCAUUUUUAUUGUUUAUGGGCCACCCUCCCUAUGCGAUCCGUGAAGUCAACAUCAAUAAAUUCUGCAAAAUUAUUAGUGAAUUCGCUCUGGAAUAUCGCACCACCAGGGAACGAGUUUUACAGCAGAAACAGAAACGGGCCAACCACAGGGAAAGAAACAAGACCAGAGGGAAAAUGAUCACAGAUUCUGGAAAGUUUUCCAGCAACUCCACUACAUCUCAGAGCCAGCCACAGGGCCUGGAAUAUGCUGAAGAUGCAGCUGAGCAUGAGAACAUGAAGGCUGUCCUGAAGACCUCCUCUCUGGCUGGAGAAAGCACCACUGUUCUAGGAGUCCGCACCCGAAGCAGAGCCAGUAGAGGGCGAAUCGGUUCAUGGAAUGCUGGUAAUGAUGAUUCACCUAACGCAACUGACGAUGCAGCUGAUGAGAUCAUGGAUCGCAUUGUGAAGUCCGCCACACAAGUGCCAAGUCAGCGAGCGGUGCCUAGAGAAAGGAAACGGUCACGAGCUAACAGGAAGUCAUUAAGAAGAACACUAAAGAGUGGACUGACACCAGAAGAAGCCAAAGCACUGGGCCUGAUCAGCACCUCUGAGAUGCAGGUAUGAAGAUGCUGGAGAUGACUACAAGCAGAACCACCAUUGGUAACAUGCGGGCUGACAACCGUUCAGUGUGGCAUUGUCUUGCCAGCCUCAUCUACUACUCCUGACAUCCUCCGUCCUCUAUUAGUUUAAUUUUGAUAAGAUGAAAAAAAGAAGAAAAAAGCAACAAAACCCCCAGAAACAAUCAAAAAAGUAAGAAAGAAACCACAAAAAGGGCUAAAGGGUGUGUUAUAACUCAGCACUAAAACUUGAUGGUUCCAAAAAAGUGUUUGAGUAUGUGUAGGUGAAAGAUUAUAGUUUGUUUUCUCAUGAUGCAUUGACAUGGUUAAUAGGGACUGUCUUUGAGUGAUCUUGUAUUGUGUGAGCUAUGUUUACGUUGGCUUUCCUUGUGGCCUGUUUUAGUAAUCAUAAAAUAUGGCAUUUUGUCAAUACAAGGAAUAGUCCUUAAAGAGGCAAAAUACCUUCUGUUACACUUACUAUGAUCUUCCUUAGACAGUUUUUUUGGUCAAACAUACACAGUCGUACAACCCCAUUUUUAUCUUGCCACCAAAGAAUUUAAAAAUGUAUGUGCACUUACGGAUAUGUACAGAAUGGAUUUGUGUGUGUGUAUCUUCGUAUACACAUAUUGUCCUAGGGUGAUUUCCUUCCCUAUUGAAGCCAGUGGAAUGUAGGUUUCACCCUUGAGGCCUUAAAAUUCCACCUAUUCUACAGGAUAGGGUUGUCUUUUUACAGGAACACAAUGUUAUCCAAUUAAAUUCAUUGUGGGGCAAGAGGUCAUCUUCAGGGCAAGUGGAAUGUUUAAGACCCAGGACUGAAUAUGUAUUAAUGCGCACACACUGUACACAAUACUGCACACACACAGAGAUAGCACAGGAUACCUCCUUUUGCUGAGCUCUAGGUUGACUGUGUUAGUUAAAAUUUCAGAUGUCUCUCCCAACUCUUUACAUGUUAGGCUGGAUCGAGAAGUUUUGUUCACCUGCCUGGCCCUUCAUGCUGCUUUUCUCUGUUGUGAUGUAGCUUGGUGGGGAUUUUGUUUCAAACACACCGAACCAAGUACAGAAUAGCCUUGCUAAAAUCCUCCUAUAUUUUUCUUUUAAUUGUUAUCAUUAAAAUUAAAUGAAGAAAAUACCAUAGCGAGCUCAUUUCUUUCCACACAAGGAAAUUGUCUUCAUUGUUUGCCUUCGUCAUACUAGUUUGUAACUAACUUACAUAAGUCAUCCCCAGUGUAUGUGUGAGGUUUUAUAAUGCCCUGUUGUGGUAUGGCCCAGCAUAAUUUAUCACAGUCUAUUGUCAGAACUGGACAGGGUACCCUGUAAUCAGCUCAUUUGUCUUUGUGUAGUACAUCUGUUUUAGCGAAUUUGAACAGAAUGCAUUCAUCCCUGAGUCUUGCUGAAGCAUUUUCAUGAGAACUGCAUUGUAAUGCUGACAGCAUAAAAAGGAGUAUUUUAACCAAAGCAUGUCUGUGAUGUAAUGGUACAGAAAAAGGCAAUGAGAGGCACUAACAGAUUAACUUUUUCUGUUAGUCUGGGUUGAGAAUAUGUGUGCACUGCAGUCAUACCUGAGGUGCUUUUAAAAUAGGUUGCUCAGGAACAUCAGCAUAGACUGCAAAACCUGCCUGUGAAGCACGAGAAAUUAGCCCAGGGUUGUUUGACUGGUGUCCCAUGGGCCGAAUUGGCCUAUGACGGGUUAACAGAAAGUAAAAAUUUGACCACCAGGUCCCUGAAAAUUGCUUAGUGCACAGACACCAAAGAUGGAACUUGAAUCACAUGUAAAACCGUGUUGGCCAGGGCAUCUGAGUGGUUAGAGAGCUAAUCAACUGGUAAUAUUAAAAUGGAAUAUGGUGAAAAAUCCCACCUGUGUGAUUCUAUCAGUCAGAUGCUAGUUUUCAGUUCUUAUUUUGGGGUCUUCAUCUCUCUGGUGCAGGGGUAAAUGUCCCUGCUAUGAGUUCUGGUCCUUUAUGAAUGUGUUCUUCCUCCAUUUUAGUAUCUCAUUUUAGUUUAACAAGUGGGUUUUACAGGCAAACAGAAGCUAUUCUUUGGUUACCUAGUAAAACAGGCAGCAUGCUGAGAAGUUCUGCGUAGGAAGGUUUGGAACACUGAAGGAAAUGCCAUUUAUUAUUUAUCCUAGUCCAUUAAAAUGAGAUAUAAACACUUAUGAGCAUCAGGGUGAGUAUCUCUAGGUGCUGCUGGGAUGGCUAUUCAGUAUGUUUCCUUAACUUCUUGCUCAAGAUUGUGUAGAAUGCAUGGACGGAGGUCAUGGGGAUUUGUGCAGGUUGUUGAGUUCUGAGUACAAGAAUUAUGUUGGAUUUCUAAGGUAUGAAAGGGAAAGGAGAGGCCCAAAUGCAGCCUUAAUUGCAGUAGGAUGUAGCUGAUGCCUGAUGACCUGUAUUUUAAUGCAAUAGGGGAAAACACAUUAUUUGAGUGAAUAACUAUUUGAAUUAAUUAAAAAACUAAUUGAAUUAUACGAACUAAAAUGCACUGUACAAACAUUGUAAUAGACAUUGUUGACCAGGUGCUGACUGGCCACAGGGAUGCAUUUCAUGUAGACAUAGUACAUAAGUCUGUGUCUGGCAAAUAAAAUAUUUGGUAAAUGAUUUUUAAAAAUGGAAUAUAAAUAUUUGUUCAUGGUACAGGAGUAGAGCAAAACUUCAAGAUGUUUAUUUCUCUACUAGUGAAGAAUUAAAAUUAAACUUGUGGGUUUUUUAGAACAAGUUCAGAUUUUAUUCAGAUUUCCCAGGGUCUGACAUAUUUUGUACUUGUAAAUUUUUGCCUUGUAAAUUAUUUCAACCCUAAUAUUUCUCACAUUUUUUCUGUGCUUCUGCCCAGCCCUCUUCUACAGUGGACUCUUACCAUCUUCUAAAUUCUCUGUCAAGUUUUUAUAAAAGUCCAUUCCCAAACAAGUUUUAUUGACUUGUUUUCAACUUGGUCAAUUGAUAACAUGCUAUUGGUUAGUAUAAUUCUUUUUGUAUUGAUUAUCUAUUGUGGCAAGUUGAUACAACACAUGAAAUAUGCAGUUACUAUAGAAAAUGUUAACAUUUAAGUUAAUAACAGUAAUUGACUAUUGUUUAGAAUGGUUGUGUUUUAAAGAGGCAACAUCUCCCCCUGUAUCUCUUGAAGUAGUAUUUAAUGCUUUUGAAAAUGAAAUUUGUUUCCCUUUAUCUAA